CAGCCGAAAAGAAGAGAAGAUGCUUUUUCUCUUUCACUCAGCUGUUCAACCCUCAAGCUCACCUCCUUCCUCAAAGAACUACAAUCGCUAUACUUGCCGGCGUUGCAGACGGAACUUGCCGUGUCUGGACUGGUCCACCACGGAAGAGGCGGCAAGAGUGGGGAGCAGUGAUCCUGCAAACAGUCAGUCUCCCUUACUUGAGGACCACUACGCGUCGGUAUGGGUGCGCUGAAGAGAAGAUGCUUCGUUUGCACGACGGGUCUUCUACUUUUUGUUUGUUGCACGUCAUCUGCCAUCUCCAAAGGUGCAACAGGGGAUGCUCAAACAGGUGCCCAACCCUCAGUGCAGGGCACCCUGCCGCACUUCAUUCAGGAGCCAGAGAACGCAUACAUCGUCAAGAGCAAUCCUAUUAAACUGCGCUGUCAAGCCACACCUGCCUUGCAGAUCUUCUUUAAAUGCAACGGAGAAUGGGUUCACCAGAAUGAUCACUUCUCCCACGAGUAUAAGGACCUCAACACUGGUUUAAAGGUGCGGGAGGUGAUGAUCAACGUGUCUCGUCAGCAGGUAGAAGAUUUCCAUGGCCCAGAGGACUAUUGGUGUCUCUGUGUGGCGUGGAGUCACUUAGGUACCUCCAAGAGUCGCAAGGCUACUGUCAGAAUCGCCUACCUGAGAAAAAACUUUGAGCAGGACCCCCAGGGGAAGGAAGUGCCAAUCAAUUGGAUGAUCGUUCUGCACUGUCGCCCUCCAGAGGGAGUGCCUGUGGCAGAGGUGGAAUGGCUGAAGAAUGAAGAGUUGAUCAGUUCCCAAUCUGAUGACAACAUUGACACCAGGGCAGACCACAACCUCAUUAUAAAUGAGGCACGUCUGUCUGACUCUGGAAAUUACACCUGUAUGGCCAGCAACAUUGUGGCCAAGAGACGCAGUGCUACAGCCACUGUGAUAGUCUUUGUCAAUGGCGGCUGGUCCCUGUGGACAGAGUGGUCAGGUUGUAAUGUGCCAUGUGGACGAGGUGUACGGAAAAGAUCCCGGACCUGUACAAACCCAGCGCCGCUGAACGGUGGAGCUUUCUGCGAGGGCAUGUCUGUGGAGAAGAUAUCAUGCAAUGCCCCAUGUCCAAUUGAUGGAGGCUGGGAUGAAUGGAGUGAAUGGACCAAUUGCAGCAGCCAGUGUGAAAGACAGCGAAGUCGGGAGUGUAACUCCCCAGCACCCAAACACAGCGGCAAGAUGUGUGAAGGGAGCUCAGAGGCCACUGAGAACUGCACAGAUGGACAAUGUACCCAAAAUCGAAAGCUGCUACAUGACGUUAAACCUCAAAGUAUGGACAGUACCAAUGAUGUUGCUCUGUACUCUGGCUUGGGAGCUGGUAUUAUUGCCGUGGGGAUACUGGUGGUAGCUAUCAUGCUCUACAGGAAGAACCAGAGCGAGUAUGGUGUAGAUGUCAUUGAAUCCUCUGCGCUUGCUGGAGGGUUUCAGUCUUUCAACUUCAAGACUACCAGACAAGGAAACCCCCUGCUUCUCAACUCCUCAAUUCCGCCAGACUUAACUGUGGGACGCACCUACAGCACUUCCCUGUGCUUCCAGGAUGGUGCAGACAAAGAGCUUUUUGACCCCUUGCCAGACAUCAAGGUGAAAGUGCAGAGCUCAUUUAUGGUCUACGGUGUUGCAGAGCGGGCUGAGUUCCAUGCCAAAGCCCCUGUUGAGACCUUCCCACGGGACCUGAGCCAGGAUUACUGCAGCUCAAUGGACAGACAAAAAAAAGCUCUGCUCACCUUCAAUGGACCUUUAAGCACUAGUAAGGAGCAGCUGAGGACUACUGGUGUAUUUGGUCAGCAUGGAGGACGCCUGGUGUUGCCAAACACUGGCGUGAGCCUGCUUGUGCCUCAUGGAGCCGUGGCUGAAAAUAUGUCCUGGGAGAUGUACGUGGUGAUCAAUCUGAGAGAAGCAAGUGUCAAUACACUGGAAGACUGUGAAAUCCUCCUGAGCCCUGAGGUUAUGUAUGGCCCUCCUGGUCUGGACCUAUCCUGCCCAGUGGCCAUGACUGUGGCUCACUGUGCUGAGGUGGACUCGGAGAAUUGGAACAUCCAGCUCAAGAGGAGAACCCAGGGCAGUAAAUGGGAGGAGGUGAUGCUGGUGGAGGAUGAGUCAACUUCUUGUUACUGCCUAAUGGACUCGACAAGCUGCCACCUGCUGCUCGACCAGCCAGGUUCAUAUGCCCUCGUGGGUGAGCCUCUGACACAGGCUGCCAUCAAGAGGUUGAAACUAGCAGUGUUUGGGAGUAUGGAGGGAACUUCAAUGAACUACAGUCUGCGAGUGUACUGUGUGGAUGACACGCCACAUGCCUUUCAGGGAGUGGUGGCAGCAGAGAAGAGUAGAGGGGGUCAGCUCCUCGAGGAGCCAAAGAUGUUGCCUUUUCGAGCGAACACCUUUAGCCUACAGGUGUCUAUCCAAGAUGUGCCCCAGUUCCUAUGGAGCAUCAAGCCCUUUACCACCUGUCAGGAAUUCUCGUUUCCCCAAGUGUGGUGCAGCAACCAGCAGCCUCUGCACUGUGCCUUCUCUCUGGAGAGAUACAGCCCAGCCACUACGCAGCUCUCCUGCAAAAUCAGCGUGCGGCAGGUCAAAGGCCAUGAAGAGAUUCUGCAGGUUUACACAGCUGUUGGCAAGACUGAAAAGGAAUCGGUUCCAAUUUUCAUGCAGACAGACUGCACCAUCACCUCUCAGACAGGGCCCAAGGCUUUUAAAAUCCCCUUAUCCAUCCGCCAGAGGAUUUGCGCCACCUUUGACACUGCCAACGCCAAGGGCAAGGACUGGCAACUCUUAGCCCACAAGCUCCACUUAGAUCGAAACCUUGGUUAUUUUGCAAAGCAGCAGAGUCCCUCAGCCAUCAUACUGUGCCUAUGGGAGGCUCGCCACCAAGACACUGCUGACCUUGACUCUCUUGCCAGUGCCCUAGAGGAAAUUGGCAAGAUCCACCCCAAAAGUUCUCCCCAGGAUCUGGAUGAGGAGGAGACUGACUUGAAUCAAAUAAAUGCACGCAGUCUGAGAUGAAUUGGCACGUUUCCAGAUCAUAAGGAAGAUCAGUCCACGUCAUAAUAUCCAGGCUGAGAGAAGAACGUCAAGCAGUUUGUGGUGGCGUGGUGCAAGGUGAUAAUGUUGACAAAAUGAUCAGUCUCAAAAGGGAGAGGUUCAGCUUUACCUACUGUGGCUUCUUCUACUACUGUAAUUUCUUCAAUAACAGACUGCUAAUCAACUUCUUCAGUUUAGUCUUUUGUUUGUUUCUAAUUUAAUUGUCUUUGUACUUCAUCCAAGUGAAUUGGUGUAUGGGGAAGAUUGGGAGAUGUAGUUUCCAAAUUGGCAUGAGAACAAAAGAGAAAUUCACCGUCUCCUGUGGAUGCCAGUAUUGUGAGAAGAUCCUAAUUGCACACAUGUUUUAUCUGUGAACAUUCAAGAAAUUGGACUGUAUUCAUCUCUUACAACAGUCCAGAAAACCUGGCUUUACAGUAUCUAAAAUAUAUGUUGCACUGUAUACUAAAUUUCACAUUCAGUUUCUAUUAAUUAUCCUUCAGCAGCCUGGGCAGAGAGUGACUACCUGACAAAGUCACUGUCCAUAGGAAUAAUGAUGUCAUACCACCAUUUUAGAGCUGAUAACAGUUUUAUUUUUUUCCUUGACAGCGAUGGGAGUUAAUUUCCUAAAGCUGUCGUAGUGUGGAUGACUGUGGUUUAUCAAACAGUUACAAUAGUAAGACCUGUCAUGUUGACUCCGCAUGAGCUCAACUAAUGAAAUUCCAUGUGUCUCCCAUUUACUGGGCGAGCAGAAUGUUUCCAAAUUUGGAAGUAAAAUAUCUUGAUAAUGUAUUUUGAAAAAGUUUGAGAUUCUUGGGCUUUGGGCUAAAAUGAUCAAGGAUCUCAAUAAUGAUGACGCUCAUGAUACAUUAGCCAAAAUCAAAACAAUAAAUUAGAUUUAAAGCCAACAGAAAUGCACUGCUGUUAUUUGUUUGUUUGUUUGUCUGUUUGUUUGUUUGUUUGUUUUUAUAUAGUUUAUGAUUUUAUAAGCGAUUACAUUAACGAACUGUAUAAUCACAGGUGGAAAAAAAGAUGAGUAUAUCUCCACAAAUCAUGUAUUUUGAUAAAAUUGAAUCGUAAAAUGAUUUGAAUAUUUUCAAAUUGCAUGGUGACUGCCUUAACUGAAUAUAAACCCAUGCAAUGUCGCUGCCAGGGAGUGAGAUGCAUAAUCUACUGUUGUCUACUUAUUAAUUAUACAUAAGGUAAAUUCCCUUCAGAGCAACUAAAUAUAUUUAAUGUCAGGAAAUUAAAACAAUCACUGUACUUAUGAUCAUCUGAAGACAUACUCAAUUCAUAGAGUUGCGUGAAGGAGCUGCAUGCUCUUAUAGAAUAUCUGGUUCAUCAGUUGUUGUUUAUGCAAUCACCAUUUAUAGUCUGUGUUAAUAAAUCAGAAAAUAUCUCCACUUAAUUCAUUAUUAUGUGCUUAAGAAUUUGACAUUUCCGAUGUAUGCCUUAGGAUUAAUUUAACAAAGCGCUCUGUUGACUGUUUGGAAAAGGAGGGGCCAUAAUUAUAGUAUAUGUAGUUGGAAAUAUAUAAUUCCAAUUGGAAAUUGGUCAUGACCAUCCACAAAAAUGCAUUCAAAAUGAACAUAUUCAAGUGAGUUUUCAAGGUAAAUUGUUUUAGUUUUGCUCGCAACUGACAAAUACAUGAGCUUAAACAUGUUUGUUUGGGUGCUUUAACAAUUAUGUGGUGUGUUGUAACAUACAUCAGUUAGAUUUUUACACAUAAAUAAGAUAUAUAAAAAUAUUUGCUGACAUUUGCAAGAAUUUACCUUCAACACGUAUCGCAACUUAUUCAGUUUUCCUGUUGACCGAUGAAAUGACAUUGUGUUGGUUAAUAUUUUGGUGGGUAUUUUGAACAAUAUUAAUUAUUUUUAAAUUAUUUUUGUUUAUUUUGUCAGUGGUUUAUCAUGGUGUGACUUCCAAUAGAAUGCUUUGUAUGAAUGACUUUCCUGUGAAAGGUUCAUUAGCCUCCAUAUGCAUUUCCAACCAAAAUAAUUAUUUUAAUCACUUUAUAAUGUCAGGUAAAUGAUGUGAAUUAUUUGUUUAUCUCUUCAACUGUGAAAAAGGUUUAUUUGCCUCAAAUAAAAACUGCCAAAAUUUUAAAUUUUAUUGAUAACCUAUGUUGCACUGAGAGCAUCCCGCCUGUGUUACUCAGCAUUCAGAUUUAUUUAAAAUUUGCUUCAGAUGUCAAAAGUCACUUUGGUUUAUUAAAUGUGAAAUCGGACAUGCAAAAUCACAUGUGUUCUCACUAUAUAUGUACAAUGCUUUGUUCUAAUACUUAACCCUGUUGUCUGGAGUUGUGAAAAUUAUUUCUUCUGCCCAAAGUGGGUCUUGCUAUUUUUUCCCCUUUUUCUUUUUCUUUUUUUUUAAACUAUUAAUAUUAUUUUUAUUUUUUUGUUUUUAUUUUUUUGCUGCACGCAUGGCCUGUGGCUUCAUAUCACUAUUCUUGUGCCUUGUUUAAACUACUGUAAAUGGUGAAUGUUGUAAAGUUCACAAGGGGAUGAGGGGAAAAAUACACUGAUAAACAUUUAAAGGUCUUAGUUAAAAUGUAUUUAAACCAUCAAAAUGAAUAGGCUACAGAGCUUUUUUAGUGCUGAACAUCUAAGGUUUGGUAAUGCCUGGGCAGCUUUGUGGUAUAUUGGAUCUAUAAUUAUGGACAUUUUGGAUGUUUUCUGUACAGUAGGAUUUGCAACUGUAUAUGCCGCCUUUUGCAAAUAAAUGUAAAAUAAAUG